CUAAAAACUGAAACGUUAUUCAUUCACCGGGAGAAGAAUCCGACUAAACCAAAGAACCACCAAACUCACCGGGAGAAGAAUCCGACUAAACCAAAGAACCACCAAACUCACCGGGAGAAGAAUCCGACUAAACCAAAGAACCACCAAACUCACCGGGAGAAGAAUCCGACUAAACCAAAGAACCACCACCAAACUCACCGGGAGAAGAAUCCGACUAAACCAAAGAACCACCAAACUCACCGGGAGAAGAAUCCGACUAAACCAAAGAACCACCACCAAACUCACCGGGAGAAGAAUCCGACUAAACCAAAGAACCACCAAACUCACCGGGAGAAGAAUCCGACUAAACCAAAGAACCACCAAACUCACCGGGAGAAGAAUCCGACUAAACCAAAGAACAACCACCAAACUCACCGGGAGAAGAAUCCGACUAAACCAAAGAACAACCACCAAACUCACCGGGAGAAGAAUCCGACUAAACCAAAGAACCACCAAACUCACCGGGAGAAGAAUCCGACUAAACCAAAGAACCAGCAAACUCACCGGGAGAAGAAUCCAACUAAACCAAAGAACCACCAAACUCACCGGGAGAAGAAUCCGACUAAACCAAAGAACCACCAAACUCACCGGGAGAAGAAUCCAACUAAACCAAAGAACCACCACCAAACUCACCGGGAGAAGAAUCCAACUAAACCAAAGAACCACCACCAAACUCACCGGGAGAAGAAUCCGACUAAACCAAAGAACCAUCAAACUCACCGGGAGAAGAAUCCGACUAAACCAAAGAACAACCACCAAACUCACCGGGAGAAGAAUCCGACUAAACCAAAGAACCACCACCAAACUCACCGGGAGAAAAAUCCGACUAAACCAAAGAACCACCAAACUCACCGGGAGAAGAAUCCGACUAAACCAAAGAACCACCAAACUCACCGGGAGAAGAAUCCGACUAAACCAAAGAACCACCAAACUCACCGGGAGAAGAAUCCGACUAAACCAAAGAACCACCAAACUCACCGCCCUAAAAACGAAUAA